AUUUGAACUUUCAAGUAUGUUUUGAGACUUGUUUUGGGACGUGAAUGGCUUUCCAUUACCGUAUUUGGCAAGAGCUUCUGAAGCAAGCGCCCAUGACGAUUGCAGCGGAACUAUUUCGCUCAUACCCCACUCUGACCACAACCCUUUACUGGACCACCAUGGCGGACGAAACCCCCUACGUUAUUGAGAUAGAAACUCCAGAUGUUCAUGUUACGGCAACUCCUGAAGUCAUCUCUCCAGCUGCAGUCAUGACACCUCAGACAAUUCUCUUUGCAUCGUUGUCUUUAGCUGUUCUCCUCUUGGCUAUUUUCGCAAUAAUGGCCCGGAGGAAGCCGUCAUAUAAGGGGAACUCCUUGUUGUUGGUGGGUCCGUCGGACUCGGGGAAGACAGCCAUACUGUCAACACUUGUAUAUCAACAGACACUUCCUACACAUACUUCUAUGCAAACGAAUACCUCCGUUGUGUCUCUUUCGCCAACCGCGAAGCCUCUCCUGGUCGUCGAUGUUCCUGGACACCCCCGGAUCCGCGACCAGUUCAAAGACUAUCUGCUAGAUGCUAAGGCGGUCGCGUUUGUUGUUGAUUCCAGUACUAUUUCACGGAAUGGUCCGGCAGUAGCGGAGCACUUGCAUCAUGUCCUUCAUGCGCUUACUUCUCUGCCUCCAUCGCAUCCUGCGCCAGCACUUGCUAUCGUCGCACACAAAUGUGAUGCUCUGAAAGCGUCGAGCACUGCAACUUCAGAACAACUAGCUAUGAACAGGGUGCGCAGUAUCCUUGAACGCGAGUUGGAGAAGCGCAGAACUUCUCAUGCAGGGGGUGUUGGUGUUGAGAGUUUGGGUGCUGAGGGUGAUGAAGAAAGUUCAGAGUUGGGCGGUCUGGAUUGCACUGGUGGUGGAGAGUUCAGGUUUGACCAGUGGGACGGUGGUGAAGUGACGUUCCUUGGAACUUCCGUAAGUGUCGGCAAGUUCGUGACACCCGCAGACGAGAAAGCAACCACGCAUGGUCUGACUCCCUUAGUGCAAUGGUUGGAGGAACUGUCUUGACUUGUUUAUUGCGACGUGAGUAGCAUGACCUUACUAUUCGAAUAUUGUUUGUCUCUUCGCUGUAUGUACAUAUGUCGUCCGAAUGAAGCUUGCUUGUACAAUGCCAUCACCCGAUCGAUCAGUCUCCAAACACGCCAAAACAUACACACGUUAUAAGCUCGAGCCUCUUCUUUCCUUUUGGUCAACGCAGCCUCUUAGACAGUGCCCGUCCUUCAUGUACUCUCGACGUCGGACGAGGCGAUUCGGUAUUGCGGAGAGGAAUUUGGCGGCAUAAGAACUCUCACACUUCCUUUUCUUAGGCUUGUAGUGUAGUGAGUGUCAGAACCUCCGUACAUCUUGUCCAUGGGCAACAUAUGUUAUUUGCUUAUCUUGACAAUUUAUUUGUGAUGUUCUCCUUGUGAAUGCUCUGCGGUGAUCGUGAGUGCGAGUGUGUGCUUUCCCGUUGAGGUCGGCCUGUUUGCUAUCUUUUAAUUGAGUGUAUAGUCUGUCCGAUGCUUUCUUGUACAUUUGAACUGCCUUCUGGCGGUCUCUGCACAACAAUGAUAUACUAUCACCUGAGCAUAU